CGUCAAAGUGACCGUCUACGAGCCUCCCGACGAGGCAGGACCCCCAAGCAACCCGACCGAACCGAAGGCGUACGAGGUUGCACCAUGCGAUACAAUUUAUUCUCAGUUGGAGGAACAUUUGACUGAAGUUGGCAUUGAAGCAAAUAUUAACAAAUGGGAUGAGCCCCUUGCUCUGGAAAUGGGAAAAUGGAUAUACCACAUGGAUCCUUCUGAGCCAUUAAAUCAUGAGGAGUCCUUGAUGGCCUUGAAAGCAAGAAUAGCCAAGGAAGGCUCCGAGGCCGUUUUCUCUCCACUGACAGAGAAGUUCAUCUUGAACAAUCCGCAUUACUGUUGAAAUGCAGCCUGAUCCAGAGAAAGCUUCCUGUGAUGAAUCUGCUGAGAAAGAAAUUCUAGAGAGUCAAAGCAAGUAUGCCAGGAGAAGAUUUAGCUCAGUUAGCACGUGUCACGCGGGAGCUACGUUUGGAGCAGGAAGUCCAGACCCACCAGAAGCUUUGAGAACGAUCCCAAGCCUUUCUCUGCAUGACAUUCCUAAAAUGCCUAUACGUGUACCUACAGAGGUUGGUGAUAUUAAUGGUGUGAAAGUUCUGCAACACGAUCUCUUCACAAUGAUGUUCUUUCCACUGAGUCGGCCGUUGCUGGAGAUGGAGACAAAGGACUUGACUUUUGUGCAACUUAAUCAGUUAAUUGGAAGGAAAACCGGAGGCAUAUCUGUUUAUCCACUGACAUCAUCAGUUCACGGCAAAGAGGAUCCUUGUAGCCAUAUCAUUGUUCAUGGCAAAGCCAUGGCUGGAUGCGCGGAAGACCUUUUCAAUCUGCUUGUUCAUGCCCUAGAGGUUUAUGCUACCAAGUGGACAAAAGCAGUCAAUCGUGAAUUUGUGGUGCGCCUCCUCCUUUCUCUUACUCUCAGUUGUAUGAGUGAAGUUUUGAGAUAGUGCCUGAAAAGAGAGGAUAGUUUCUACGAAAGGACCAAAAUAAUGUCAUUAAACACUUAAUGCUGGAUGCAGAUUGUCUAAACUUGGUUCUCAUCCUCAAGAGGAUAUCACGGGGUAAAGCUAUCAGAGUUGGGUUUUGGGAUUGCUCUUCAGAUCAUAGAAGUAAUGCCGAGGGGGCCAGAUCGCCUAAGGGGAUUGAGAGAGUCUUUAGUUUAGUAGGCAUCUUGAAGAGGCUUCUGGCUAUGCAAGAAUGCAAGGGAAAUCCCUUUUGUUAUGUAUGAACAGAGAAGUAUAACCGUCCAUUUAUUGCUCUUAACUGAAUCUGGAGAUCCGAUAAGUUGCCUGUUUCAUUUGACAUUUGAUUCUAACAUUUACAGUUGACUGGAAUAUGUCCAAACUUGAUUAUACUUACGCCAAG